CUUUUUUUUCGUUAUUCUUUCUUUCUUUCAGAAAAAAUGAAUGAUCGCUGUCCUUCAUGUAAUUCAAAAGAGUUAAGACAUGAAGAUUGUUUAGCUCAGUGUAAUAGUUGCUAUUACUCAUGGAUCUACAAGAAAUCAAAUGCGAUUGAGGACUUUGACAUGGACGACUUGUUUGGAAACUUGGACGAUAUUAUACCCGCUAAAAAACAAAAGACAGUUGAAGAGCCAAAGACAGUUGAAGAGAAAAACGAACAGAUAAAGCCAUCGAUACCAUCCACAAACAAUAAAGACACUACAGAAAAGUCGAUAGCAGCAACACAAAGAACAGAAUAUAUACCAAAACAAUCUGAAAGAAAGCAGUCAAGUGGUAUGUUUUCAGAUAUGGAUGACGAUGACGAUGAAGAAGACAUGGAACCGUCACUGAUCAUCAAGAGAAAAUCGAUGAGAUCACAAGCUAAAAAGACAUAUUCUAUGCUUGACAAUAGUCAUAAUAACAGUGAUGAUGACGACGACUAUAUUGAACAAGAAGGAUAUAGUGAAGAUGAAGAUGGAGAAUAUAAAUUUAUGGAUAACUCCAGUCAAUUUGAUGAACCCACGGACGAACUUGCCAAUUCAGAAGAUGAAAAGAAUGACUAUGAGAUCUAUGAACGGAAACCAACUUCUGGUGCUUCAUUGCAAACGAGUAGGAUCAAAAGCAGCACAUUAGAAACUAAACAGAGAAAAACUGGAGCCAAGCCGACGAAUCGAUAUAAUCCAUUUAUAUUAUUUAACAAGGAGAUGAGAGCAAAGAUCAAAGAGGAGCAUCCAGAGUUGGACAAUUAUGAACUAAGCCGAAUCAUUGGACAACAAUGGAAGGAAUUGGAUCCAGAAAAAAAGCAAGCAUAUCAGAUAUUGUCUAAAAGGAAAAGAGAGGAUUAUAGGAAUAAAGCGAUUCAUUUCGCUAAACGGCCUAAACCACCACCUAAUGUUUGGAUUGUAUACUUUAAAGAACAAGUGCCUAUCGUAAGAGCUAAUAAUCCAAAAUUGACAGUGAAUGAAGCAAGUACAAUUGUGUCAGAGAAAUGGAAGUCAUUAUCAAAAGAAGAAAAAGAUGCAUAUAAGAAUAAAGCACAAGCAGCAAGGGAUGAGUUCAGAAAAAUGUAUCCAGAAGAGAAUAAGGCGUUCUUUGAUCAAGUGUCAAGAAAGGUACAAAGGACAAGAUUUAAAAAUAAAAACAAUAAAAAAUAAAUUCAUUCCCCUUCUUUUUCUUUC